CAACAUUAACUUUUGUCAAGAGAAAGGAGGCUAUCAUCAUUCAAUACUCAGAGUUGCUAUACUGUGGCAGGAUUUCACUGUUUGGCAAGGGUACCUGGGCAGUGCCAGGGGCCGUCGUGCUAGUACCGCCCAGCCCGGCGUGCAAAGCUGUCAGCACUAGACGUUCACAGAAUGAUCUCCGAACCAUAAUAAAUGAUUGGACAUCCCUCCUAUCUCAACAACGGGGGUGCCCAACCGCAUCUUUUUAUUCUCUCAUGCUCGUUAUCCACCGAGCCACAUCGGGGGCACUCGGGGGCACCUGCAUGAGUUUGGAAUCAACUACACCCGCUACAACCGCUGCAUACGCUUCGGGCAGUUCGGAACCCGUCCGGUCUCCGCCUGAAAGCCACCAAUCAUCAGCAUCAUGGCUUCAAUGAGGGCAUCCCUCGUAUUUCUAUGCCUGGUUGCGCUCACAUGCGCGCCGCACGCCGUCCUUGGCACGCCAAGCCGAAAGACAGACCCACAGGCGAGCCCUCACACCCCCAUCAACAAGCGCACGGCGCAGGAGGUCAUCGACAAGCUGGGCCUAAUUCCGAACGAGGAGAAGGGAUACUACAUCCAGACCUUCGAGGACCCUUUCGUCAUCACCAGCCUGAAUCGCUCCGCCAGCACGGCCAUCUACUACCUGCUCGAAGGCGCCGCGGGCGACUCGGUCUGGCACCGCGUCGACGCCGCCGAGGUCUGGCACUACUACGCCGGGGCGCCGCUCGUGCUCUCGCUGUCGUAUGACGACGGCCAGCCGCUGCGGCGGCGGAUGCUCGGCCCGGACGUGUUUGAUGCGGACCAGGCGCCGCAGGUCGCGAUCCAGAGGGGCGAGUGGCAGUCGGCGAGGAGCCUGGGGGAGUGGACGCUUGUUGGGACCACAGUUGCUCCUGGGUUCAUACCGACAGGAGUUGAGCUUGCUGAGCCUGGGUGGACCCCAAACGCAUCAUGAGAACCCAUUGGCUUUUGCACCGAGUCUCCCACCUCGAAUCUCCUGUGUUGGCUUCGGAAGUGCAAAACUGCAACUUUAAGGCUGCGCAGAUGGGCCGGUAUUGGGCUUUUCAGGAUCGGGAACUUCAU